GCUGGGCAAGCCGGGUGCAGUUGAACAGGAUGAUGUUUGUGGACCCAAGAUGUGUAAACCUGUCGGGUGCGCGCACUGUCAAAGACGUGUACGCGCAGCAUCCAGCUCCACAGCUCCCCUGCAGAGACGUCUCGCCGAGCUCUCAGUCAGAGAAUCCAGCUGUCACUCAACGAGACCCCCAUCCAGCCGGUGCCACGCUGUAUGUGGCGCACGGCGGAAAGCCCGGUCCUGAUAAAUACGACACAAAGACUCAGCUGGACGUAGGUGGACCCCCGGUGAUCAACAGAUCGGCAACUCCACUGUCCACUCCUCCUGCGAAGAAGAAAAAGAUGAGGGAGCCGAAAGACAGAACCGGAGACAACUGGCACAUGUGAGCGAUGGUCUCGAGCCAGCCUCAGUGAUAUGAACCAAUUAGCUCUCAAGAUUUGGUUUUAAUCAACCGAUGCAACUGUUCCUGGCAGCGGAGGAGGUUCUGUCCGUGCCAAAAUGAGCAGACUAUUGUCUAGCAUCUCUGUAACGGAAUGGGCCCGCAGGAAUUUUGGCACCGGUUUUACGCAACAGACCACAUAGUUUAAUCGACGUUUCCUCGACUGAAGACAGAAGCGUGUGGAGGACAUGGACAAAGAGUGCGUACAUAUGUUGUAGCGAUGCUCUGAGGUAGAAUAAAAUCACAUCAGUCAACAGCCUGCUGGUUCCUCCCGACAAACGGAGCACAUCAUUAACGGCGAGAUUCAAGUUUGGACCUCACCAAGUCCAAAACGACCUUCCCCUCCCAGAAAAAAGGAUCAUCUUAUAUCUUAAAGUAUCUUCACAGACUCGCAUAGCGAGUCUGUGAGCAGGUGAGAGAGGGACACUGUCUGCCCCACUGUCCAGCGACACCAUGAGCUGGAGCUUCCUCACGCGGCUGCUGGAGGAGAUCCACAACCACUCCACCUUCGUGGGGAAGCUGUGGCUCACCGUGCUCAUCGUCUUCCGCAUCGUUCUCACUGCCGUUGGGGGAGAGUCCAUCUACUACGACGAACAGAGCAAGUUUGUCUGCAACUCGGGCCAACCGGGCUGCGAGAAUGUCUGCUAUGACGCCUUCGCCCCUCUAUCACACGUCCGUUUCUGGGUCUUUCAGAUUAUCUUGGUGGCAAUGCCUUCUCUCAUGUACAUGGGCUAUGCUGUCAACAAGAUCGCACGAUUAGAUGAAGCCAAAGGAGGAGGUGGUUCUGCUGCAGUUAGAACAGGAGGAGGGGGAUACACGCACAGGAAGCCCAGGAAAAUCUGCUUUGGAGCACGGCAGCACCGGGGUAUCGAGGAGACUGAGGAGGACCAGGAGGAUGAUCCCAUGAUCUAUGAGGUGCCAGAGAUUGAGCCCCCAAAAAGGCCACGUGAUCCGCUGCAACCUACGCCUAGACCCAAAGUCCGGCAUGAUGGGCGCAAGCGUAUCCAAGAUGAGGGGCUGAUGCGGGUCUACGUUUUGCAGCUGGUGACUCGUACAGUGCUUGAAGCGGGCUUCCUUGCAGGCCAGUAUUUGCUGUAUGGAUUCCGUGUGACGCCCGUGUUUGUGUGCUCGGGGAAACCUUGUCCCCACAGCGUUGACUGCUUUGUGUCACGGCCUACAGAGAAGACCAUCUUCCUGCGUAUCAUGUACGGUGUCACUGUCCUUUGUCUUGCGCUUAAUGUUUGGGAGAUGCUCCAUUUGGGGAUUGGUUCCAUCUGUGACAUUCUUCGACGUCGACGCUGCCCACCUCAGGAAGAUGAGUACCAGUUGGGCUUGCUGAGCACCAAUGGAGGUGUGGAGGGCUCAGUAGGGGUACCAGGGCCUGAGGCAGGUUCUGAGGGAGGGGUGGGUGGAGAUGAGGCCGCUGAUUACGUAGGUUACCCCUUCUCGUGGAACACCCCAUCAGCUCCACCUGGCUACAACAUUGUGGUAAAGCCAGAGCAAAUGCCCUACACAGACCUUAGCAACGCUAAGAUGGCAUGCAAGCAGAACCGGGAAAACAUUGCCCAAGAAGAGCAGCAGCAAUUUGGUAGCAAUGAGGAUAACUUUCCCACUGGAGGAGAGGCCCGCGUGGCUUUGAACAAAGACAUGAUACAGCAAGCUCAUGAGCAGCUGGAGGCAGCCAUCCAGGCAUACAGUCAGCAGCACCGGGCAGAGGAGCAGCUUGGGGACAACCAGGACGACAAACCCCAAAGUAACAUCAUCCAGGCUCAACCUCAGCCACAGCCUCAGCCUCAGCCUCAGAAAGAGCGCAAGCAUAGAUUCAAGCACGGCAAAGGAGGCAGCAGCGGAGGAGGCAGCAGCAGCAACAGCAGCAGCAGCAAAUCUGGGGAGGGCAAACCCUCUGUAUGGAUUUAACCCCAAAAACAGUUACAUGUAUUGAAACCAUGUAUAUAUUAGACAUUGGAUGAUGAGCUGUUGAAAAUGUCCUUGGACAUUUAAACACCACUGUGCCUUAAAGAAUCCUGCAAGCUGGAGAAGAUGUGUGUUUGUGUAUUAAGGUGUGUAAAAAAAAAAAUGUGACGUUGCAGCUGACAAUUCAUUUUGUCUGGGCUACCACUGUCUAACUUGAAACAUCACACCAACACAAACUGUAAUAGGCUACAGUCGUUUACAUGUCUUGUUCUCCUCAAGUUCUAAAGCAGAUUAUUGACGUCUGAUGUCUUCCUGUUCAUCCUUUCUUUAGGGAUUUGAACUCUGGAAAAUUACUGAAUGAUAAUGAGUUUUGUUUCAAAUCAGAUUGAUCCCAGAUUUGGCUUAGCUCAUUUUUCUGCCUGCUUCUCUGCAAAGACCUUGUCUCCAUCCUAAUUUUUGGGACAUCAAAAUACAGUGAUAUCACAACGAAGCAUCCUCAUUAUACAAAGGCAAUGGGAUGCCAUGUCAUUAUGUCCUGGCUAGCUAAAGCUAUGACUUUGUACUGUAAUGACAUUAUCAACUUAAAUGCAAUAAAAUGAAACACAAUUCAGUGGCAACGCCUAAAACAGUGACUUUAUAAUGCGGUGAGAACUUCACCUUCCCGAAGGCUGUGCCCUGUCAGUCAUGUUCUGUCUGCUUUCUCUCCAGUGUCAAUCAUCCGUGUUACAUUGCUGUGACUUUGACAGUGUGUUUCUCUAUGUUUCCUGUGUUCUCUGUGCUACACCAGCGGCUGCUCAGAAACCCAUUGAGUACGGCAGGUGGCUUUUUAUCAAAUCUUUCAUGAGAGAAAAUGCUCUUUUUAACAAGGUGCAUAAACAAAUCUGUUUUUAUAUCUUAUUCUUCAACUUCUCAGUUUCUCUGGCUCUUUGUGGCUAUUGAAUAAGGCUGCUCAGCAAUCCACUGGUGUUCCAUCUGCCUUGUAGUUGACUGCCCCCUAGUGGUAUCUUCUACAAGGCUUACUUUAUUGGAGGAGAUACCAGUUGCCAAAUGCUACCUGCAUCCAGCAACACCUUAACCAGCUGUAGUGUUCCUUUUCUAUUGACAGGCCUUGUGUCAGUUGAGUCUUCCCAGCGCUACAAGUUCAGUGUUACAUGCACAAGGCUGCAAUGUCACCAUAAUGUUGUAAUGGAAAAGGUUUAAAGCCAUUACUAUAAAAUAGUGAGACCAAACACUGUUUGUGUGAUGCAAGUGUCAGUGCCAAGAUUUUAUGCUGGGCUGCUACAAAGCCUGGUUGUUUGUAGCUUUGGAAUACUGUGGCCAUGCUACUCCAGUCAUGAAAAAAAAAAUGCCUACAUGAGACCAACACUUUUGUAAAAGUCACUUGUUUUUUGUAUUACAGUAUGUGUAUUGCUUUUUUGGAAUGGGAUUUAAAAUAGCAAACUCUGAGCAAAAAUUGAGUCAAGUGUUUUAUAUGAAAACACUCCUUUUUUCAAUAAUGAUUUUUUUUUUGUAAAAAAUAAAUAAAUAAAUAAAUGAAAGCAAGUUGUUAUGAAUUAGUUGUAUGGAUAUUUAUGGUUACUGUGUUUUAAAUUGCCUUCCAAUUGUAAAAAUGUGAAAUAUGACAUAGUAUAUUUUUAUAAUAUGUCGGCUACAGUGACUUAAUGACGUAAAGAGAAAAAAAAGGCAGACUUCCUUGUAUGUUACAGUAUCAGUAUUUAAUGUAUGUAGCAACCCUCUUGGCUGUGUUUUAAUAAACAGUGUUCUGAGAUCUGCUCAACAGCUCUCUGUGGAGACAAACUGGCUGGGUGAAUCAGUUGGGGAAAGGACAUAAAGUGCCAAAUUAUUCAAACCAUUCCAAGUUUUGCCCCACAGUAGCUUCCCAAACAAGCAUUGAUUCAUUUUAUGAAUCUAAAUUAGUAGGAGGAGCAAAUCCAAAAAGUUGGACCAUUGUGUUCUUGAUUUCUCAUCUGAUAGAUAGAAAACUGUGAACUAACUGAACAAACAUGUCUGAUACAUGUGAAGUUGUUAGGCUGGACAUUGUGACGUGGCUUCCUUCACAUGGUGUACAAUACAACAGGGUGCUCAAGUAGCAAGAGUCUCCACAAGUCUGUCAGCCAGCCAGCAGACAGUCAUAAACCUCUAGAAGUACUGCAGUCAGUCGCUCGCCAGAGCAGUGACUGACACUGGCUCCACUGACGCCACUCUGUCGCCAAUAAGCCACAGGUGAUUUAGAGUUUCAGUCAGUUAAGGACGAUUCUUCCACUGGAAGCUAAAUCAGCACUCAUUAAUCAUUCCUUUCUCUGUGAACAAAUGUUCUCAACUGAAGUAUUUAUUGCUUUAUUGAAGAGAAGGAAACAAUCUGAAAUAUAAAUUGACAGACAGCUGGUGAUGCUUUGUGGUUACAGGCAGCUGGAGCCACUAGAGGGCGACUUCCUGUCAAAGAAUGGAGCACUUCAGACAGUGAGGAAAGGGGCAUAGGGGUACUCAAGGACCCCAUCUGCUCAGAGUCUGCACUAAUAGCAGUUUGGCACUAUUGUAGCUUAUGUGGCUUACGUGUUUUCAGAGGGAAGUAAGGAAUUCGGGCAACUAUCCAGGUCAAAAGAAUUAGCCUGCGGCACAGUUAUGUAUUUGUGUGGCCCUGUUUUCCUUUGUUUGUUGAGCGGCUGAGAAAGAAAAACAAUAAGGUAGAAAAAAAUAAAAGUGUGCUCACAGGACAGAAAUGACCGUACAUAUUGUUGCUGUCAUGUGAAAACCAGGCAAGGCCUUUUAAAGAAACUAAAAGCAAACACAGGAUAAACUCUGGGUUAAGUGUUCUGACUGAUUUGGCACUGAUAGACUACAUUAAUGUGUGUUUUUUGGUUUUGUGACAGUGCAUUUAUAAUAUAAUAAUAAAUAAGCUUGUUGGCCUAUUUGGUAGACAUUUCCUUAACCCAUAUUGAGCAUCUGAUCUGUCAGGUUUAUCAGUUUAACAGUCUAUGUUAGUUUCAGGAAUGUUUAUUUAUUCACUCACGACCAGUGGCAAUUGUCUUGUCUAAGCAUACUUUGUCAGUUCAGGGUGAAGACACACUUUCGAUGUGAAAGCCCUCACGCCUGAAGGAAUUAUUAGUGAAAAAGAAAAGGCGUGAUCACACUUACAACAGGACUGGUGUAAUAAAAUUACAUUAACUGGGUUGGAAAGAUGCGAUUUGGUGCAAUGUGAAUGAUCUCUGCACUGUAUAUUAACACAGACAGAGAACUGAAACUAUAGUUGUAUCAGAUGAAGAAGUCUUUUGUGGGUCUAUUCAUCAGGGAUACCACAAUGUCCACCCUCAGCAUCUGUCUGUCUAUGUAAAACGAUGUCUGUGUUCAGGAGAAAGGCUGUAGUGAAGCUGUGUUGUUUCCCUUUAUGCUUAUAGUCACCCAUGUGGGAUGUGACAAUAAAACCAGUGGUAUUACCAGUACAAUCUCUGAUUCAUACAUGUAUUUGUGUGUUUUGCUAUGCCUUUUGUAAAAUGUACAUUUCUUUGAGUGCCAUUCUGGUAUCCCCUGGCAAAGAUUUUUUUCAUAUUCUUUGAUGAAUACAUUUGAUUUGCAUGUGAAAAGACCUAUUUUCCUACAAAAAUAAAUCAGAAAUGCAUUUUGAAUAAAGUCUCUGCAUCUUUUGUUUGGGCUUAGCAAAGAAAGAAAGAAAAACCUGAGGAAAUAAAAGGCGUCCUGCUCUUGAAACAUUGAGUAUUGUUCUGUUCUUGUUGUCAGUAUGAAAUCUGUGUCUGAGUUUGAUUGGUGGAGAGCAGGGGGUCUCUGCAUCCUAUCAGGAGAAUUACAGUCACACAGGCUGAUGUUGUGUCACUGGCAGGAACAACACAGGAGAACCAAAGAGAUGUCACUUCAGCUCAUGUCAACCGGGUCAUUUUGUUUGUCACUGCGGCACUUCAUUCGGUGACAGCUGAACUUCAGCUUGUGAUGAGAGAACAUCUGAGUCUGUGAGGCUAUAAAUUACAUUAACGCGUUGUGAGCUUUGUUCAAAACAGCCACUGAUUUUAAAAACUAAAUUGUCCUUGAUAUUAUUAUUACCUUUUUGAUCAAUGCAGGCCGAGCCAACAGAAA